UACUGUUCUUUCAUUUGAAAGAUGAACAAAAGACCCCAAGAAAUGGACACUUAUAAGCAAGGAAGGUAACACAGCAACGAGCAGACAGAUGGACAGAUUGGAUACCGUGAAAAGCAAUCGCAGGAAGCAGACGUUUGGGGGAUGUGCGCAUGUUCGAUAGCAUCUUUUUUUGCUGAAGUGAUGGCGUGCCAAAACUAUUUUCAGUGGGCAUAAUCCUCUCAACAUAAAUGGCCUAACCAAGGAAGCUGAGUGACCCUUUUGCAGAGAAUUACUCAAUGUGAAUAUAACAGAAGAUGAAUACCAAAGAAUAGCAGUGGAUUCAAAAGGAAAGGAAAAAGCAUUUUGUUCAACCAUUAUCUCACAUCCCAUUGUUGGAUAUGUACAACAUGCUUCAGUGGAGAAGACGACACUGCUGUUUUGCAAAAAUGACGUGGAAUACCAAAAGGUCUCUGUUUCGCACCCAUCUUAUUGGUCUGUUUUCUCUCGUGUUUCUUUUUGCUAUGUUUCUGUUCUUUAAUCAUCAUGACUGGCUGCCAGGCAGGGCUGGAUUCAAAGAAAAUCCUGUGGCUUACACUAUUCGAGGAUUUAGGUCUACAAAAAGCGAGACAAACCACAGCUCUCUAAGGAAUAUUUGGAAGGAUACAGUCCCUCAGACUCUUAGGCCUCAGACAGUCACUAAUUCCAACAACACUGACCUGUCACCACAAGGAGUAACUGGUUUAGAGAAUACACUCAGUGCCAAUGGAAGUAUUUACAAUGAGAAAGGUACUGGACAUCCAACUUCAUAUCAUUUUAAGUAUAUAAUAAAUGAGCCCGAAAAAUGCCAGGAGAAGAGUCCUUUUCUAAUACUACUCAUAGCUGCAGAACCAGGCCAAGUGGAAGCUAGACAAGCUAUUCGGCAAACGUGGGGUAAUGAAAGCCUGGCACCGGGUAUCCAAAUUGUUCGCAUUUUUUUGCUGGGCUUAAGCAUUAAACUAAAUGGAUACCUUCAACGUGCCAUACUGGAGGAAAGCAGACAAUACCAUGACAUUAUUCAACAAGAAUAUUUAGACACUUAUUAUAACUUAACCAUUAAAACUCUUAUGGGGAUGAACUGGGUUGCCACCUACUGUCCAAAUGUUCCCUAUGUUAUGAAAACUGACAGUGAUAUGUUUGUCAAUACUGAGUAUUUAAUACAUAAGCUUCUGAAGCCAGAACUGCCUCCAAGGCACAAAUAUUUUACAGGUUACCUAAUGAGAGGGUAUGCACCUAAUAGGAACAAGGAUAGCAAGUGGUAUAUGCCACCUGAUCUGUAUCCAAGUGAGCGUUACCCUGUAUUCUGCUCAGGAACUGGUUAUGUCUUUUCUGGAGAUUUGGCAGAAAAGAUAUUUAAAGUCUCUUUAAGCAUCAGACGCUUGCACUUAGAGGAUGUAUAUGUGGGGAUCUGUCUUGCCAAGUUGCGAAUUGACCCUAUGCCCCCACCCAAUGAGUUUGUCUUCAAUCACUGGCGAGUUUCUUAUUCCAGCUGUAAAUAUAGCCACCUAAUUACCUCCCAUCAGUUCCAGCCUAGUGAACUGAUCAAAUACUGGAACCACUUACAACAAAAUAAGCACAAUGCCUGUGCCAAUGCAGCAAAAGAAAAAGCUGGCAGGUAUCGCCAUCGUAAACUGCAUUAAAAAGGACAAUACUCCCUCUAUAAAAGUAUCCCAUGUGCAAUUUGUAAAUAUUGCUGAAAGCAUGUACAGUGAAAACGGAUGAGCUUAAUGGGAAAGUCUUUAGUUAAGCCCUCAUCACAUAAUGGAGUUUGAAAAUUAUUUUUUUAAUUUUAGAAGAGUAUAAUUCUUGAAGAUAGUAAUAUUAUGAAACUAUAACCAAAAGGUUUUCCAAACAAAUUUGAGGAAAAAGAGAUGGUAUACAAGGAUUUUUCUGUGUUAAUGUGCAAUAAUAAGCAUGCACACUUUGGUGGUACACUUGCUAUUUUAUGUGCCAAUAAAAUAUAAUUGAGCAUA